UCACAAAAGAAAGUUAUAUUUCCAGAUUUAAGAUGGCGGGACGGGUAUUGUCGAAUCUGCGACACGUGGGUAGAUCAGCUGCUGUCAACAAGAACUUCUCCUUCACUAUCAAGAUUCAGAGGGCGCUCUCAUCAUCAGUCGAAUCUAAGGAGACCUUGGCUCAGUUCCCUGGAGCUAAAGCAGAAUAUACAGAGAAACUUCAUUUCCUUCAGCCUGAUGUAUACAAUGGUAUUCCCAUCUACCGUGUAAUGGAUAGAAAUGGAGUUGUCUUUGAUGAAUCUCAGGACCCUAGACUAGAGCCAGAGGAGAUGAUAAAAUGGUACAAAUCAAUGACGCUUCUCAACACCAUGGAUAAAAUACUUUAUGAAUCUCAAAGACAGGGUCGUAUAUCCUUCUAUAUGACCAACUAUGGAGAAGAAGCAACCCAUAUUGGAUCUGCAGCCGCACUUAAACCCAAGGAUCUUGUUUAUGGACAAUACAGAGAAGCAG